UGCGUGCUUGUACUGUGUGUGUGUAUAUAUACACACGAGCCAUUGAACCUGAGCAAUAAAUCAUCUUCGCUCAUUACCUUUAUUAUUCCAGACAAUGUGUAUGUGGCCAUUUUCACCUACACGGCCUUGUACAACGACGACAUGAGCUUCAACAAAGGCCAGAGGAUGGUGGUCCUUGAUAGAUCAACAGACUGGUGGAAGGUUCGGUUCAUCAGCAGUAAUCGGGAAGGUUUCAUCCCGAGUAACUACGUGGUGCCAGCGAACUCUGUUGAGAAAGAAGAGUGGUUCUUCAAGAACACGAGGCGAAGCGACGCUGAAAAUCUUCUGCUGUUAAAAGGGAACACCAACGGCUCCUUUCUGAUUCGCGACAGCGAGACUGUGAAAGACAGCUACUCUCUGUCGAUACGCGAUGGACAAAUGGUGAAGCAUUACAAGAUCCGCCGCAUGGACAAUGGAGGGGUUUACAUCUCAACGCGCAAUGUCUUCCAAAGCUUGCACGAACUCGUCAGCUAUUACCAGAGCACCGACGCUGGGCUCUGCCAGCGAUUGAAAAAGCCUUGUCAGAGUGUGACUCCAGCCCAGCCGUUUGAACAUAACACUUGGGAGAUCGAUCGACGCGACCUCAAAGACAUCGAAAAGCUUGGAAGCGGACAGUUUGGAGAAGUCUGGUUGGCCCUCUACAAGCAGAACAUGAAGGUGGCGGUGAAGAAACUGCGAGAGGGAAGCAUGUCCUGCGAAGCCUUCCUCGGCGAGGCCAACAUUAUGAAAACUCUGCGGCACGAGCGCCUCGUGCAGCUGUACGCGGUCGUGUCUUCGGAGCCCAUCCUCAUCAUCACCGAGUACAUGGAGAAAGGGAGCAUGCUGGACUUCCUGCGGAGUGAGGAAGGGAGAGAGGUGCUGAUUCCGAGGCUCAUCCUCAUGGCGGCAGAGGUCGCCGAUGGCAUGCAUCACCUGGAGAAGAUGCGUUACGUCCACCGAGAUCUGCGGGCGGCAAAUGUGCUGGUGAACAGCUUGCUGAACUGCAAGGUUGCCGACUUUGGGCUGACACGCAUCGUCGAAGAUAACGAAUACACGUCCAAAGCAGGUACCAAAUUCCCAGUCAGAUGGACAGCACCAGAGGCGAUGCAUUUUGGCCACUUCACCACCAAGUCUGACGUGUGGUCGUUCGGGAUCCUCCUCACAGAGAUGAUCACUUAUGGAAAGAUCCCAUAUGCAGGAAUGUCACACCAGCAACUGAUCUCGAACCUGGAUAAAGGAUUCCGCAUGCCCUGCCCAGCAAAUUGCCCAAGCGAACUCUACAAUCAGAUGUUGCAGUGCUGGAACGAGAGGGCAGAAGAAAGGCCCACCUUUGAGUUCCUGCAGGAUAUGCUCUACGACUUCCACAUUAGCACCGAAGCGCAAUAUCAGUAGGCAAUGCUGGAAUAAUGCACCGAAAAUGUUUACAAAAAUGAAUAUUGAUUGUAUGUAUUGUACGUGUGUUGAACUUCGUUCGCACCGGACGUAGGCAACCGUGCUAAUUGGAGGUGCGGGGGAAGGACAACAAACGAAACAGAAAAAGCAGUUAGAAAGAAAUUAGUUCUCAAUGUAUAUGAUUUAAAAGUGCAUAGCUCCAGUGGCUUCCUAAUAUCGGAUGGAGGAGCGUUCCAGGCGGCCGUAGAAGCCCAUCUGAAAGCGCGCAAUGCAGUUUGACCGUCUCUGUUCGAUGGUGAGUGUACAUGGGUGCAGCUUUGUUAGCAUGAGCCCUGCUGCAAAGAAUCACAGGCGAGCCUUCCCUGGCCAAUAAAAUCCCUCUGUGUAGUCUGGUGCCUUAGCCACUCUGGCCCACAGGUGCUGCUGAUGCAGUUGCAUCGCCUGUGUUGUCAACAACUAUGCCAACUGCGAUUGUGGUAUUCGAUUUUUUUUUCUUUAACUAUUUUUCUACAUACAUUAUUUUGUAUAUCACUGAUCUCACCUCGUUCAGUGAGAUAUGUGUGUGGAGAGAUAGAUAACAUUGAGGGGAAAAAAUGAGGCUCCUACAUUCGUGAAUACAUGCAAUUAGUGACGUGUUUUUUUUUAAAAGUCAUCGUAUUUAUUCAGCACGGAAAGAAACGGAUGGUAAUCGGGACGUGUGGCACGUUGCUGCAGGCCAACCGUGCGAGUCGCGUUAUGCUGGAAUGGGAACGUUUAGAAGUUGUGCCUUCACGGCAUUUUUUUCCUUGCCACGAUUUUGAAUCGAGGGGACUGCAUCUGAGCGUAGCCUGGCUUGUGGU